AAAAGAUCGAGGUUGAAAAAGAGGACAUUUCAUAAUUGGACGUUACAGUCUCCGGCUGAAUUCUGUAAUGAGUGGUGUUCCUUGAUGUCAUCAGUGAAAGCGUCUGUUUCGCAAUGUAACGUCACUAGUAUUCCCACGAUUUGUCUGGAUAACAAUCUGGAGUUGGGCGAUGGCUGUGAUAGUGGUUUAGGUGGGAAAUCAGAGGAUGAGUUUUACGUUACAGAAGAACAAGCGUUUGGUAUUAACGAGCUAUAUUAUUUUUCACGGCUCUCAUGCAUCAACAGCCAUAAGAAGUUUUUGAUUGCAAUAGUGCUGCUUUCGCAAUGCGAUGAAGGCUACCGUUGUGCUGCACAACAGUGGUUAAAUAAUACUAUAAUAGAGUCGAAAGAAGAUCUUGAUCAAGUGUUCAUCAACGUCAACGACUCGGACCACCUAAAGAAACUUCGCGCUACAUCGGCUUCGACGAAUGAACUACUAGACAUUUUGAAAAACCUUACAUCUUUAUCGGGUCUACAAUACAAUAAUGAAGCCUAUCGAUUUGUUGGCCAUGAUUCUGCGCCAGUCAAGCCGGAAAUGGAUAUAUUUAAUUCCAAUACCCAUACUAAGAAUAUGUUCGGCGAUUCACUUCCAGAUGCUGAUGUGAUUUCAAAUAAUUUUCAGUCCAUUAAAAGACAGUACCUAGAACUGGUCAGCAAUAAAUUUGUAUCUUCACUUGCUACUGAUUGUGAUUCAAUAAUUAAAGGAGUUGAUAGUAAUCAUGUUCCUUUGCGUGAAGCGGCAGUACAGACGUCGAUUGGUCAACUUUUUAUCGCAACAAUCCUUCACACAUCCUUUAACGAAGAUGACCGCAAAUGGUUACUGUCAUCUAUUCGAAACAAAUACAAGGGAUUAUCUAAAGAAACCAGUACAUUAGUAAAACAGGGUCCUACCGAUGAUGGGCUUUGUUCAAAAUUGUUUGACUGUCUGAUCGAUCUUGGUUUGGAUCUUUCCUGUGCUUUACAACGUAUAACAUCAGAUUCGUCAUCACAUUCAUUGACUUCUUCCGGGUUCUUAUCAGGUUGUGGUGGUUCAGAUAGUCAAUACGAUCUACUCAUGGAGGCUUCUAAUUCUGGAUCACACUCAGGCAAUCAUAACAAUGGUAUGAACAAUACAAAAGCAAAUUAUGGUGCACUAUUAACCGUUCCGAAUGCUGAAGUUAAAUCUGGUUUAUCAAACAAUUUUUAUAACAAUCAUCCCUACUGCCCUUAUCCACUAAGUACAUCAUCUCACUUUUCAUAUAGAAGAUUAUCUGACAUUCCUAGGGUAUCUAACUAUCAUUCGUUACACUCUUCACAAUACCAUACUCAAAUAUCGUCAAAUAAUAAUGACCAAGAAAAUAAAACAUCGGAAAUUGCCGAUCUAGGUACAAAUCAGAACUUUUUUACAACCAAGGAUUUUAAUGAUUUGACAACAGUUAGUUCAUCUAGCCUUCUUACGUCCAUUCGAAAUUCAAUCGCUGAUACAAAUUGCGGCAAGACUAAUGUAUCUUCAAAUGUUAUCCACCAACAAAGGGUAUCCACUUGCACACUAAGUGAUUCAAGCUCAAUCUCAUCCAGUAAUACAGACCUUGGUGUUUGUAUUCCUCACUCACCUACAUCAAUAUUUUUGACUUCUACAUCACCGGAACUUGUAAAAAGUCGUGAGAAUAUCGUUACAUAUACUAGCGAUUCUUCUCUUCAGUUUCCUACAGGAGCCAAUGGUCAAACUGUCUCUGAUAAUCAUGAAUCCCUGUCAAGUCAACGUUCCGAUUUCGUGAAUGAUCAUCAUCCAUCAUCACAAACCCAUCUUUGUCAACAAAUACAUGAUCAUUUUGCGCCGAAUUUCCCUGAAGUCCAAGAUAAACCAUCUCAUUCUAUAAUUCCAAGGAAUUCGAAUAAGUUAAUAAAUUCUACUGACAUGGAACGUAAUACAUAUUGUGUCACCGAUGAGAAUAAUUUCUUAAAUCCAUCCUCUGGAAUGACAGCUGUCCCAUUCUGGCUAAAAAGCUUACGACUGCAUAAAUAUGCCAGUCUAUUCCAAAAUUUGUCAUAUGAGAAGAUGAUGAAUAUCACUGAUGACUGGUUGAAGGAGCAAAAUGUAACACAAGGAGCAAGAAAUAAGAUUCUAUUAAGUAUUGAGAAAUUAAAGCACAGAAAAUCUACUUUAUGUUUAAUAGAAAAACGUCUUUCUGAUAUACGAUCGACAGAUCAACUAACACAAACCUUGUUACAUUCAUGUUUAACUGAAAUUAAACAUAUUCUAUUCACACCAAUUAAACCGUGUCACGAAACAAUCAAAUCACAUUCUUUGCAUUUAAAUCAAUUUAAUUGUUGCUCGUGCUCUUGUUCACCGACUGCAUCUUCAUCUUCUAUCUGUUCUUCAAUUCCUUCUCGUGUUUCAAUGAAUUCAGAUACAUCAACGACAAAAAGUGCUAUCACAAUAACUGAUUCUACUUGUCCAAUAACUGUUUCACCUCCAAUAGUCAGUAUUAAUACUGCUGUUUAUUAUACUAGAAAUGCACUUGUUGGAAAUAAUUAUAAUGACAAUAAUAAUGACUGUGAUAACUGCAGUAGUAUAAAUUCUAUGAAUAAUAAAACAAAUGAUCCUAAUAUCUCUAAUUAUUACUGCUUUUGUCAUACUAACGCUUUGUAUGCUGAAAAUAAAUGUUAUCUUAAUGUAAAACAAUCACAGUCUACUAUGAUGAGUGAUAUUAACCAAGUAUUUAAUGAUAAUGAUAAGUGUUGGUCUCCUUCUAUAACUAAUAUACUUCCAAAUGUUUCUUAUGAGAUUGAAGAUGAUGGUAAAAAUGGCAAAUUACACAGUUCAACACUAUCCUCAAAUUUCAACAAUGAAUUGAUUAGAUCGAAUCAAAAUGAAUGUGGUUACACUAGUGACGAAUGUGUUGAACAAAAAAGAAUUAACGAUGUUGACAACAUGGAUAAUGAUAAUAUACCUGGACAUAUUAUUGCAUGUCUUACAAAAGUAUGUUCCAGUCUAUUGGUCACAGCUUAUCCAAGUGUUAAUUUAUAUGAGGAGUUUCUACAAAUAUUGGAAAUUAUUCUAAAUCAUGUUGCUUUCACAGAACAACAAAAGAAACUUGUUUCAUUUUGGAAACAUCGUAUUAUUGUUGUAUAUGGUCAAUAUGUUACUCAUUCGUCUAAUUCAUCAAAGCCAAAAUCUGAUUUCCACUCUAAUAUUUAUCCUCGACAUAUCCCACUGGUAAAUCACCCAGACACUAGUCGCCUUCGUAAGUUACCAACUACUUUUGUUGGUCAAGAACAACGACUAGGUUCUCAUAUGGGCCAUAGAACUUUUCAUGCAAACACUCUCAUUCCUACUGUUUGUUUGCAUAAUACUCAGGACACUUCUUAUUUUACUCAAGAUGCCUCAGAUGCGGAUUAUGCUCGAAUAAAUAUGUCUUUAAAUAUCCCCUCAACCAUUGAAGCUUCACGAAGACAUAGUGCUUCUGUUGGUGAUUCCCGAAAUUGCCUAGCUGUUGGGAGGCUAAACAACAGGCGUAGAAUGCCUAGUCCGAAUUCAUCAUGUUUUUCAGGAAGGGGUGGUAUGUCGGUGAAUCUUCCAUCAAAUAACUCGUCUUUUUCUCAUCACCUUCAAGCAUCUUCAGAUAUGGAAUUAUCUGGUUUCCCAUCACAGUUACCAAAACCACGCUUUCAUAGUCCAUCAAGAUUUGAUCCUUCAACUAGCGUAACUCCACGCAGAAAUUUAAUGCCCGUAGCGACAGCUCCUGUUACUAGAAUGCCUUCGCCGUCAGAUGUUUGUCGUCAUGGUAUUUGUUAUAAUGAUUGGUUUUCUAAUAACAGAGGUGCAUUUCCAACGGCGCCUUCCCCAUCAAGUGUUUCACCAAUUUCUUUAUGUGAGGGAUCAUGCCCAGAAAAUGUAACUUCUGACACGCAGAUUAUACAGCAACUGCCUCGAACGCCAAACGUACCAACUUCAAUAUUACCAUACGAAAAUGCCUUUCACAAGACUUAUAGUUCAUGCUUAUGCACACCUACUAAUAAAGCAACCACACCUCAUACAUUGUUGCCUUUAAGUUCACCGAAUCAUUUAAAAAGCUUGCAUCAACAUAUUUUUCCUAAUUAUUGCGAAAAUUCUGGAAGUUUCUUAACUUCAAAUUAUCCAUCAAUCCCAUGUAUUCCUAAUCCUAUCGUAAUUGGAAAUGUUUAUCAUACAUUUGGUUCAUCAUUUGGAGAGAGUCCUUCACAAAGUGUUUGUCAUUCUAACUGUUCAACAACAAUAAGUUCAUCACAACAAACCGACUCAAAACUUCCUGGGAUUAGUUGUUGGUCGACUGAUCCCUAUUCACAUCAAAUUAAUCAAAGACAAACCGAAUAUCAUGAAAUGCCUCAAUGUAUGCAUAAUAUUUAUGAUCUAAAUAAUGAUAAUACUAAUGAUAAUAAUAGUAGUAAUAAUGAUUUGUUAGUGUUUGUGGAUAAUUAUAUCGCAACUGCAGAGAAUAACAUGAUCGGAGAUCCAUCAGAUUCGUCAAAUGAUCGAAUUAAUCGAGAUUUAGAUCUACUCACACGUAAAGUAACGGAACAUGCUAUUGGAGGUUUCGAUUCUGUGACAGAUUAAAUGAAGCUGUCCUACUGGAUAUUAGAUAAAUACCUACGUUUUCGUCUAGGUUCAGUUGAUGCCACUUACUAUAUAAUCAAUUAUUCAUUUUUUGAAUUAUAAUCUCUUUUAAUACGCUUUUCAUCCUUGUCAGUUUGUGUUCUAAAUCUGUUUUAAGUUGAAUUAUAGUAAUUGUUUUCUUUUUAUCUAUCUUUGCAAUGAUAUCAUUUUUUUCUGUUAUUCAUUGUUGUAACCUAGUACUACUUGUGCUCUUUUAUGAUAUUGAAGAGUCUAACUUAUCAUUAUUUUAUUUCUUCAAUUAUUAUUAUUAUUAUUAUGCCUAUUGUCACUGUUAUUCUUAUUACUUUACAAUAAGUCGUCCCAGGAUUUUGCGAAAUGCGCUUGUCAAUCUUUUUUAGUUUAUCAUUAUCGCUUGCAAAUGUCCAAUUUUAGUAAAUGAUUUUGUCGGCUGGUAUCGACAUUUAUUACUAAUUAUUUAUUUGUUUCUAACUUUAGAUAUUCUGCACUGUGUGUGUUCCUUACUUGGUUUGGAAAGUUACUUGUUUUAAUUUGUUAAGGCGGGUCCUUUAAAAUGUGAUUCUUGUCCCUUUCGUCUACCCAAUGUUUACGUGAAUAUAUAUGCAUUUGUAUGCCAAAAAAUACAGACAUACAGGUAUAUCUAGCUUCUCAAA